UCGACGACGGCCUUUGGUUUGGAGGCAUGGAGUGGAAUCGUUUCGCGACAACGAACAGAAUGAUUGGAAAAGCGGGGCGUCGUGGACGCUCAAGUGAUUUGUUUUUGCGCAUCUGGCGAGUGGAAAGUUUUUCGAUUUAUUUUGGCUUCUGUCGCGUUGUGAAAUCCUGAUGCUGUAUUGGAUCAACUGCGUCUGUUAAUUAGAUUGCCCUGUGAAGCCAUCGAUUUGUACUUGUGGUGAAAUUGUGAUGAAAUACUGGAGCUUAAGCCGGAGUAGUGACAAUAGCAUAUGAUAAGCACCGACCGCUUGUUAAAUUAUUUAUGAAAACCCCCAAAAGUGCUCGACCAUUUGCAUAAUCAUGUUGCAGGCCAACAAGUUGCCGCCCAAUCCGCGCGAGUCGGCAGGUAUUUUAUCCUCGCUAAUGUUCUGCUUUGCCCUGCCCAUACUGUUCAAGGGCCGCAAGCAAACGCUCCAGCCCACGGAUCUGUACAAUGCCCUGGAUGAGCACCGGGCGGAGAGCCUGGGCGAUGAGUUCUAUCGCGCCUGGGAGGACGAGGUGGCGCUGUGCCGCCGGAAAGCUGGCACCAAGCGGGAGCCAAGUGUCUUGCGGGUCAUCGGACGUGUCUUUGGCUGGCAGCUCCUGCUCUCUGGAAUUAUCAUCGCCGCCCUGGAGCUGGGCACUAGGGCCACGGUGCCGCUUCUUCUGGCCGGGCUGAUAUCGGAGUUUAGUGCCCAUGGAAAUGGCAACAGCUACCCCGCCCAGAUCUAUGCCGUGCUCCUGAUAGCAUGCAUCCUGGCCAGCGUACUUCUCACGCACCCCUAUAUGAUGGGCAUGAUGCACUUGGCCAUGAAGAUGCGGGUGGCGGUGAGCAGCGCCAUUUAUCGCAAGGCCCUGCGCCUGAGCCGCACUUCGCUUGGGGAUACCACCACUGGCCAGGUCGUGAACCUGCUCUCCAACGACUUGAAUCGCUUCGAUCGCGCCCUGAUCCACUUCCAUUUCCUGUGGCUGGGACCCCUUGAGCUUCUGAUCGCCGCCUACUUUCUGUACCAGCAGAUCGGAGCGGCCUCCUUCUACGGAAUCGGCAUCCUGCUUCUUUAUUUGCCAUUGCAAACGUAUCUCAGCCGAGUGACGUCCAAACUGCGUAUGCAAACGGCUCUGCGAACGGACCAGCGGGUGCGCAUGAUGAACGAGAUCAUCUCCGGCAUCCAGGUAAUCAAGAUGUACACCUGGGAGCGCCCCUUCGGCCGAUUGAUCGAGCAGUUGCGCCGCAGCGAGAUGAGCUCCAUACGGCAGGUGAAUCUACUGCGCGGCGUGUUGCUUUCCUUUGAGAUUACCCUCGGACGCAUAGCCAUCUUUGUGAGCUUGCUGGGAUUCGUCCUGAUGGGCGGGGAACUGACGGCGGAAAGGGCCUUCUGCGUCACCGCGUUCUACAACAUACUGCGGCGGACUGUGAGCAAGUUCUUUCCCAGCGGAAUGUCCCAGUUUGCCGAGCUCUUGGUCUCCAUGCGUCGUAUCAAAAACUUUAUGAUGCGCGACGAGGCAAACAUAAUGGACCUUUCCUACGAAGCGGAUGAGAAGCCAGAGGAGGAACAGCAUCUGCUGUCGGGAAAAGAGAAGCCCACUAAGAACGCCAUUGGAAAUGGCUUGGGGUCAGAUGUCCUGGUGGAAAUAAAAGAACUCAGGGCGCGCUGGAGUCAGGAUUUGCACGAGCCCGUGUUGGACAACAUCAGCAUGAGGCUGCGACGAGGCCAACUGGUGGCCGUGAUCGGACCCGUCGGCUCUGGCAAGUCCAGCCUUGUCCAGGCCAUCUUGGGAGAACUGCCGCCCGAAGCUGGCGGCGUCCAUGUCCACGGCAGGUACUCCUAUGCCUCCCAGGAGCCUUGGCUCUUCAAUGCAUCGGUGCGUGAGAACAUCCUGUUCGGUUUGCCCAUGGACAAGCAACGCUAUCGCACCGUGCUGAAAAAGUGCGCCCUGGAGCGCGACUUGGAACUACUGCAAGGCGAUGGCACUGUGGUGGGCGAGCGUGGAGCUUCGCUAUCCGGUGGUCAGCGGGCCAGGAUCAGCUUGGCCCGAGCUGUAUACCGCAAAGCGGAUGUCUACCUGCUGGACGAUCCGCUAAGCGCCGUGGACACCCAUGUGGGACGACAUCUCUUCGACGAGUGCAUGCGCGGCUUCCUCGCCGACAAGUUGGUGGUGUUGGUGACCCAUCAGCUGCAGUUCUUGGAGCACGCCGACCUCAUUGUGAUCAUGGACAAGGGCAAGGUGUUAGCCAGUGGCACCUACGAGGAAAUGCUGAAGAGCGGCCAGGACUUUGCCCAGCUGCUGGCAGAAAGUACUGCAAAUGGCGGUGGCGACGAGGCGGAAGAGAAGUCGCCCGUUUACUCCCGUCAGUGCAGCAGCCAGAGCACUGUAAGCGGAGGCAGUAGCUCCUCAUCGCUGGAUACCCUGGGGGACAAGGAUGCGAAACAGAAGCCGAGCUCAGCGCCGGUGCAGGAGUCUCGCAGUGGCGGUAAAAUUGGCUUGGCGAUGUACAAGAAAUAUUUUGGCGCCGGUUGCAGCAUCGUGGUCUUCGCCCUGCUGGUGUUCCUGUGUGCUGGCACUCAACUCCUGGCCUCCGGCGGGGAUUACUUCCUUUCCUACUGGGUUAAAAACAACUCGUCUUCGUCAUCCGCGGAUAUUUAUUGCUUUGCUGCCAUUAAUGUGGGUCUGGUUAUCUGCGCCCUGCUGCGCACUCUGCUGUUCUUCAACAUGACCAUGCACUCCUCCACCGAGUUGCACAACACCAUGUUCCAGGGCGUGUCCCGCACAGCUCUGUACUUCUUUCACACAAAUCCCUCGGGACGGAUCCUCAACAGGUUCGCCAUGGACCUGGGCCAGGUCGAUGAGGUGCUGCCCGCCGUGAUGCUGGACUGCAUACAGAUUUUCCUUACACUGACUGGCAUCAUUUGCGUGCUGUGCCUCACCAAUCCCUGGUACUUCUUCAACACGCUCGCCAUGGUGCUGGCCUUUUAUUACUGGCGGGACUUCUAUCUGAAGACUUCGCGGGAUGUGAAGCGUUUGGAGGCGGUAGCUCGGUCGCCGAUGUACUCUCACUUCAGUGCCACUCUCUCCGGGCUGCCGACAAUCCGUGCGAUGGGUGCCCAGCGGACGCUGACCCGGCAAUACGACAACUACCAGGAUCUCCACAGCUCCGGCUACUACACGUUCGUCUCGACCAGCAGGGCCUUCGGCUAUUACCUGGACCUCUUCUGCGUGGCGUACGUGAUCUCGGUGAUCCUAAACAGUUUCUUCAAUCCGCCACUGCACAAUCCCGGCCAAAUUGGACUGGCCAUCACCCAGGCAUUGGGAAUGACCGGAAUGGUGCAGUGGGGCAUGCGUCAGUCUGCCGAGUUGGAGAAUUCGAUGACCUCGGUGGAGCGAGUGCUCGAGUACAAGAACCUGGAGUCCGAGGGAGACUACACAUCGCCGCCUGAGAAGCAACCACCAAAGAGUUGGCCAGAAGAGGGCCAACUGACAGCCAGGGAUUUGAGCUUGAGAUAUGCGCCUGAUCCCGAAUCGGAUUGCGUGCUCAGGGGCCUGAACUUCACAAUCAAUCCCAGAGAGAAAGUGGGCAUUGUGGGACGCACGGGGGCGGGAAAAUCGUCUCUGAUUAAUGCCCUCUUCCGGCUGUCCUACAACAAUGGAUCCAUAAUCAUCGACCAGAGGGACACCAAUGAGAUGGGACUCCACGAUCUACGCAGCAAGAUCUCGAUUAUUCCCCAGGAACCCGUGCUCUUCUCCGGCACCAUGCGCUAUAACUUGGAUCCUUUUGAGCAGUAUCCGGAUGAGAAGCUCUGGCAAGCUCUAGAAGAGGUUCACCUCAAGGAGGAGAUCUCCGAGUUACCUACAGGCCUGCAGAGCAGUAUUUCCGAGGGCGGAGCAAACUUUAGUGUGGGUCAACGCCAGUUGGUCUGCUUGGCACGAGCCAUUCUGCGCGAGAACCGCAUCCUGGUAAUGGAUGAGGCCACGGCCAAUGUGGAUCCCCAGACGGAUGGCCUUAUCCAGGCCACCAUUCGGAACAAGUUCAAGGAGUGUACUGUGCUGACGAUAGCCCAUCGUCUGAACACGAUCAUGGACUCCGACAAGGUGCUGGUCAUGGACGCUGGACGAGUUGUGGAGUUCGGCUCGCCAUACGAACUUCUAACGGAGUCGAGCACCAAAGUCUUCCAUGGAAUGGUCAUGCAGACGGGAAAGUCUAGCUUUGAUCAUCUGCUGAAAGUGGCUCAGGAUGCGAGUUUGAAAAAGAAUGAGUAGGAGAGGGGAUGGUUUUACUAAAUUCAGGCCCAGAAAAGACAUUUAAAUCUGGAAAUUUUAUAACAAUGAAAAUUGGAAAUUUAUAUGGAAAUGGCUUGCCAAUAUAAAAAUUGUACUUAAAAAGAAAUCAGGAAUAUGAAACUUUUGAGCAUGACAAUAAAUAUAUACUUAACUUU